AGUUAUUUGCGCAGCGUGUUUCUCAUCGCUCCACUUGCUGGUUGACAGUCUUCACACUCUCCAGGCUCCUGUGAAGAUCAGUUAGUCCAAAACAUUGAAGUGGAUGAACGGCAGAAGAGAAAAAGGAUGCAACACUGGAUCUUGCUGACUAUCAGCCUACACUAUGUGGACACUUGUCGACUGCAGUUAACUUGAAGAGGACAAGUCUUUGAAGGAAUGGCAAUAUCUAAGAUAUGCUUGUCCAUCUUUGCCCUUCUCCUGACACUAACUAUUUUGGAAACAGGGAACUUCAGUGAAUCUCCAGGUCAGGUUUUACCGAAUCACAAUGAUGAAGAAUCAUUUCUACCUCACACCAGGGGAAAAAGGAGUGUGGCUACAAACCAAUGGAAUUACACCCUUGAUAUUGAAUUGAAUGCCUCUGACGUGGCAAUAAUUCAGCAGUUUCAGUCCUCUUUCAAUAGUUUUCCCAUACAACUUGACAAUAAUACAGCGAUCUCGGACAUAACCUUCACAACUGUGUGUUCCUUGACUGCCACUGGCUUCCAGUGUAGAUGUGAGGACAAUUUUGCUUGGCCAUACAGCACAUGUGUCACAUAUGGAGCCUGUGAUUCCAUUGUUAAUGGCAUCUGUAAAUGCAUUGAUGCUAUUCCAGCUGAUGGCCAGUCCUGCCAGGGAAUAUCAGGGCUUCUGGCUCAGGUUGAGUAUGAUGUAGAUGUGCAGCUGAAUUUUACUGAUAUUGAGACACUGGACGCCCUCAGAAGUAUCCUGGAUAACGGUGACUUUUCCCUAGCCUUGGGUCCAACUGUGAACGUCACACACGUUAACAUCUCCACAGUGUGUUACCCAAAUGGUACAAACUUCCAGUGCAGAUGUGAGGAACAGUAUGUGUGGUCAUAUAGAAACUGUAUUACAUACGGAGCCUGUGAUGACAUCAUUGACAACACGUGUGGGUGUAUCAACAGUAUUCCUACCAAUGGACAAUACUGCGUGCCACAGACAGUAACUCCAGUAUUUUAUGAAUACCAGAUUAGUAUCGAGGUGAUUACCAGUGAUGCGGAUCAGCUGAGAAACGCCGUGAACAGUCUAACUUUGCCGGUCCAGAUCAGCUCCUUAGUUAACAUUUUAGAUGUUAAUAUCACCACAGUUUGCAGCCAAGAUAACACUGGGUUUCAGUGCCGCUGUGAAAAUGACUAUCUUUGGCCGUGUGACAAGUGUGACACCUAUGGGAAAUGUGAUGGUAAUACAAGCAACACAUGUGGAUGCAUCAAUGCCAUUCCUCCUGAAGGGCAAUACUGCCAGUCUGCUGAUCAAUACAAUUUAACAGCUUGUCCUCUGAAAACAACUCCAUCACCAACAACUCUUCUAACAACAACUACAUCACCAACAACUCUUCUAACAACAACUCCAUCACCAACAAGUCUUCUAACAACAACUCCAUCACCAACAAGUCUUCUAACAACAACUCCAUCACCAACAACUCCUCCAGUUCUCUUUGACUACAUCAUUUAUGUUGAGUUUAAGACCGCAGAUGUCACUCUAAUAAAUGAACUGAGAACCUUCCUGGGGCUUAUCAUUUACCCCUUUACCAUCAACCAGACACAAGUAUCUGAUGUAAACAUUUCUACAGUUUGCUCUCCGAGCAUUGGUGGUUACCAGUGCAGAUGUGAGGAUCAGUAUCGUUGGUCAUGUGACCAUUGUUUGCUGUAUGGAUCCUGUGACAACAUCACUGGGGACACAUGUGGAUGCAUCAAUGCCCUUCCUCCUGAUGGACAAUACUGCCAGCCUUCUGAUCAAAACAACUCUACAGCUUGUCCUCUGACAACAACUCCAUCACCAAUAAGUCUUCUAACAACAACUCCAUCACCAACAACUCUUCUAACAACAACUCCAUCACCAACAACUCUUCUAACAACAACUCCAUCACCAACAAGUCUUCUAACAACAACUCCAUCACCAACAACUCCUCCAGUUCUCUUUGACUACAUCAUUUAUGUUGAGUUUAAGACCGCAGAUGUCACUCUAAUAAAUGAACUGAGAACCUUCCUGGGGCUUAUCAUUUACCCCUUUACCAUCAACCAGACACAAGUAUCUGAUGUAAACAUUUCUACAGUUUGCUCUCCGAGCAUUGGUGGUUACCAGUGCAGAUGUGAGGAUCAGUAUCGUUGGUCAUGUGACCAUUGUUUGCUGUAUGGAUCCUGUGACAACAUCACUGGGGACACAUGUGGAUGCAUCAAUGCCCUUCCUCCUGAUGGACAAUACUGCCAGCCUUCUGAUCAAAACAACUCUACAGCUUGUCCUCUGACAACAACUCCAUCACCAACAACUCUUCUAACAACAACUCCAUCACCAACAACUCUUCUAACAACAACUCCAUCACCAACAACUCUUCUAACAACAACUCCAUCACCAACAAGUCUUCUAACAACAACUCCAUCACCAACAACUCCUCCAGUUCUCUUUGACUACAUCAUUUAUGUUGAGUUUAAGACCGCAGAUGUCACUCUAAUAAAUGAACUGAGAACCUUCCUGGGGCUUAUCAUUUACCCCUUUACCAUCAACCAGACACAAGUAUCUGAUGUAAACAUUUCUACAGUUUGCUCUCCGAGCAUUGGUGGUUACCAGUGCAGAUGUGAGGAUCAGUAUCGUUGGUCAUGUGACCAUUGUUUGCUGUAUGGAUCCUGUGACAACAUCACUGGGGACACAUGUGGAUGCAUCAAUGCCCUUCCUCCUGAUGGACAAUACUGCCAGCCUUCUGAUCAAAACAAAUUUACAGCUUGUCCUCUUACAACCACAGCUCCACCACCAACAACUCCACCACCAACAACAAUAAUACACAAUACCUCUACCCCAGCUCCAACCACAGCACUCACAACUGCUGCUACUACCAAGGCUUCAACCAAUAUGACCACAACUGCUGCUACUACCAAGGCUUCAACCAAUAUGACCACAACCGCUGCUACUACCAAGGCUUCAACCAAUAUGACCACAACUGCUGCUACUACCAAGGCUUCAACCAAUUUGACCACAACUGCUGCUACUACCAAGGCUUCAACCAAUAUGACCACAACCGCUGCUACUACCAAGGCUUCAACCAAUUUGACCACAACCACUGCUACUACCAAGGCUUCAACCAAUGUGACCACAACUGCUGCUACUACCAAGGCUUCAACCAAUAUGACCACAACCGCUGCUACUACCAAGGCUUCAACCAAUAUGACCACAACUGCUGCUACUACCAAGGCUUCAACCAAUUUGACCACAACCGCUGCUACUACCAAGGCUUCAACCAAUAUGACCACAACUGCUGCUACUACCAAGGCUUCAACCAAUUUGACCACAACCGCUGCUACUACCAAGGUUACAGCCAAUUUUCCACCAACCGUCGUAACUACCACGGCUUCCACCCUUCCCGCCAGAACUACCAGUACAAUAAGAACAACCAAGAAAACAACUACACCUACAGUAGCAACGAUAGCUCCUCCUGUAAAAGGUUUAAAUUUGGCAAUGGCAGUGACAUUAAACAAGACAUUUACACCGACAUUGAAUGAUCCAUCAAGUGAUGAAUACAAGAAUCUUAAAAAAGACAUUGAUGAAGUGUUAAACAGGCAGUAUAGCAGAAUCACAGGGUUUAUUAGUGUUUCUGUGACUGGAUUCAGACAAGGAAGCAUAAUUACAGAAUUUGUUGUUGAGACUACAGACAUUAAAACAUCAGAAGUGGCUGAAGCAAAUAAAGCAUUUUCAAAAGCAAUAGAGUUUAUUGCUCCUGUCAUUGGCAGCGUCCGUGCGUUGUACACCAGUGAUGUUUCGUUGGGGUUUACCAGCCCAAAUUAUACUGGAAAUACCAUGACACUGGUGUGUGAACUUCAAAGCAUUAAUGUGGGAGAAAUAAGUUCUGUCGAAUGGACAUUUCAAGGAAGGAAAAUUAAGCAGAUGGGAAGGAGAACAAUCACUAAUAAUCCUUCUAACACACAGUCUGUCCUAAAAGUUGUGAACGCCAUUGUUCUGGAUAAGGGACUUUACCAAUGCACUUUGAUGGGCGCUGUGUUAAAGUUUAGACAAAAAAAGAACGUGACCGAUAUCAAACCAGCUCCCAUCAUAGUGUCAAAGGUUCAGUUGAACACUAGAUGCCUGGGGACAGCUGGACAAACACAAAGACUUAAGUGUUGUGUGCAGUCCCAGUUUAAGGUGAAAUGGCUCAGAAGCUCAGAAGUUCUAAGUUCUACUCCUACUGAUGAAGGAAAUUAUUUCUGCCGCACAUAUAAUCACCCACUAAGUAGCUGCAUUGGAACGUCAAUAACUUUUACUUGUAAGGUCGAUGGUCUCAAUUAUAAACAAGAUACAACAUUGACAACUUUCGUAGAACCUAUUACAUGUAAAGAUCCUGUGUAUGGGGAUGGAAGAGAAGGCGACAGAUCUCGUCCAGAUUGUCCUCCAGGUCAAAAGGGGGAUAAGUUGGCUGAGUGUCAGCAAACAAAGUGGAUGUUGUUGGAGGACACUUGCGUUGUCGCAGUAAUCAAGGAAUUAUUUUUAACUUCAGAGGAGUUGCUUGUGGAGGAUAUCCCAGACUUUGUGGGGAAUAUGAGUGUCACUGUCAAAGAUGUGCAAAAGGAAAUAACAGAGUCACCUAAUACCAUAUCAACUAUCGUUGAAAUCCUUGGCAACAUUGCAGAUUUUCCAGCUCUGGUAGUCAGUCAAAACGUCAUAGAGAAUGUCCUUGAAACUGUUGAUGUCAUUGUUGGUGGUGCUGCAACAGGGUCCUGGACAGUUCUGAAUUCAAACGGAAACACCACAAGCUCAGAUUUACUGUUUUCCAUGGAGUCCCUCUCUAAAAGAUUAAGUGGGAAAUUGACCUUUAAGACUAAUGUAAUCCUCCUCAACAGAGACACCUUUGACAACUCGUUCCAGGCAAAUCUGAACGACAGCGUUUUACUGGACAUUCCUAACAGCGACUUUCGCAACGCCUCUAUCACCACUAUAACCUUCUACACCCUUAAUAAUGUUAUGCCAGCACGGAACUCCAGCUUUAACACCAACAGCAAUAACACUAUCCCUGUUAAUGCCAUCAACGCAGCUGUGGUGCUAGUCAAUAUAGAUAAACCAAUUAACAACGUUACUUUCCGCUACGACAAGUUAAACACGUCCCUGACGCAAGGCCCACAGUGCGUCUUCUGGAACUUUGAACUCUUUAACAAGCAGGGUGCUUGGGAUGAUGAAGGGUGUAAGUUCAUUUCCGAUGUAAACGACACAGUAACCUGCACAUGCGACCAUCUCACGUCCUUUUCAAUUCUGAUGGCAACGGAUAUCCCUGAAGAAAUCAGAGAAAUCUUGGAUGUAAUCACCUAUGUUGGAGUUGGGAUCUCUAUGGCAAGUUUAGUUAUAUGUUUAAUUAUUGAAGGAUACGUUUGGAAAGCCAUAACUAAAAAUAGCACGGCCUUCAUGCGUCAUGUUUCCAUCAUUAACACUGCCCUCUCUCUGUUGAUCGCUGACAUAUGUUUUAUCAUUGGUGCCUCCAUUGCCGACAACCCCACUGAAAACCCUGGGUCGGACUAUACUGUUCCAAUUGGACCUUGCAGCACAGCAACCUUUUUUAUGCACUUUUUUUACCUUGCGCUGUUCUUUUGGAUGCUUGUGUCAGGCCUUCUGCUAUUUUACCGGACGGUCAUGGUCUUCUCCCACAUGUCCAAGUCAGUCAUGUUGGCUAUUGGCUUCUUAUUGGGCUAUGGGGGCCCUCUGAUUAUAGCUGUCGUUACUGUUGCCGCCACAGCACCAGGAAAUGGAUACAUCAGGAAAGAUUAUGCCUGUUGGCUUAACUGGACGGAGACAAUGGCUCUUUUGGCAUUGGUGAUACCCGCCUUAUCUAUAGUUUUUAUCAACAUAAUUAUCAUAAUCGUGGUCUUGUUCAAAAUGCUGAGAAGGGGCGUGGGAGACGCCUCCCAAAGAGAUGAAAGGCAUACGCUUAUGGUCAUUCUAAGGUGUGUGGUCAUUUUGACUCCUUUAUUUGGACUGACCUGGUCUUUAGGAGUGGGAACCAUGAUAGAUUCAUCAAACGUUGGAAUCCACAUUGCCUUUGCAUUCUUCAAUUCACUACAGGGUUUCUUCAUUUUAGUGUUUGGGACACUAUUUGACUCAAAGAUCCGAUCUAUCCUCGCAAGGAAAUCACCUACAACAAGCACAGGCUCCAAUACAACAAGAAGUACAAGUGGUGGCUUUUCCUCCGGUGGAAUGAACUGGAUCAAUCGACUGCGUGGAAGAAGAAAUGUCUACCAUUUGUCAAACGCUGCAAACUCUGGCAGUGCUGGUGCGUCGGAGUCCUUCUCCAAUAUCUAAAUCAAUGCAUGGAACUGUAAAACGGAUUCCAUUGGGGCAAUUUAUACAAAAGAUCGGACAGUUAUUGUAGGAUUUUUCAGCACAUAAUCAAAAACUAUUCAGUCUACUGGGAUGAUAUGGUUAGCUUUGAAAUUUAAAUAGUUUGGGUCCUACAAGCAGCAGUAAAAGAUGUUUGCAUUGCAAAGGUACUGUUAUGUUAUGCAAAGUCGUAUGAAAGCAUGUGUGACACAACAUUGUGAGUGAAACUGGAAAUAUAUUUAUUUUUUAAGUGUAAAAUGUAGUGCUGCUCUGAAUCAAUGACGCAUCCAAGCAAUGAUAAAUUAUUAUCUUAAUGUACCAUCUUUGUAAGUAAUACCUACUAGUUUCUACAUGUUUCGUGAUAACAUUGAUAUUACCACGUCUAUGUCCCUGGGAAAAAGAGCAUAUUUCCUCCAUGAAAAGUAGUUAAUGGGAAUAUAACAAAAUACCAACAUCACCAGUUUGAAAGGUCAUUAUUAUCAUUACCACCCAACCACCCAACAGUGCCUAUGACUAGUUUACUACCUUUAUAUUCUUGCUCACCAGAAAAAGUCUUACUCUUUGUGUCUCAACCGAACCAAUCCAACCAUCGAAGGGAACAGGCACUAACCAAGUUACCAAGUGUGUAAAAAUGAGGGUUUUUGGGGGACUAACAGAAAGUGAGAUGAAUAGGCUUGAUCAAAUGGGAAAUUCUUGGUGGCCUUCAGAACAAUGGGCAGUGAUGGAGAAUGGUUGUGAUGACAAAAAAUAGACAAACUAUCCAUUUAGGUCAAAACCCAAAAACUAAUCAUAGCAAAAUACGAUUUUAGCUUUUUUUAAAUGGAUAAAAAGAUACAUUGAGUUCUAGUAACAGAGUAGGUCAAUAAUGCAUGAUAGCUAAACAGCGGCAGUUCUAAGAACAGCAAUGAAAUUAAACUAAAUAUAAUGCUCAUUGGCUUGCACCCCCAAAAAUAGAAUGCUCCCAAUGAAGGACUUUGCUGUUAUAAUAUGUGUACAGUUCAUAGAUGUGUAUAUACAAUUUUAUUUUUUCAUACCUGUUUUUUUAUAAAUGAAAUGCUUCACAAGAUUAAAAGCCUUUUCUCUUAACAUGACAUACAAAUGAUUGCCCUCCCACCAUGUUCUUUUGCUGUAAAUGAUCAAUCUUUCCAAAUAAACUGAACUAUCCAUAA